CUCACGAGAGAGGAGGAAAGCACGCGAUACUUGGAUACAUAGAUUCAAAGCUUAGCAGUUCAGUUUCCAUUUAUCACAUUUGCAGGGCACUAAAGCGAGGCAACGCUAUUAUCUAGAGCCUGGUCCGACGAGGAGGGUUAAUUAUUAUAUCAGUCAAGAUGCAACCUGCAACCGCUAAAUGGUAUGACAGACGGGAUGCUGUUUUUGUGGAGUUCUGUGUGGAGGACAGCAAAGAUGUAAAAGUACAUUUUGAAAAGUCUAAAUUUGAUUUUAGCUGUUUCAGUGGAACGGAUAACAUAAAGCAACAAAACACAGUGGACCUUUUCCGAGAGAUUGACCCCAAAGCGUCCAAAUACAGACGCACUGACAGGUCUGUGGUGUGUUACUUACACAAAGCAGAAGCGGGGAAAUCAUGGCCGCGGCUCACCAAAGAUAAGACGAAGUGCAACUGGCUGAGUGUGGAUUUCAAUAACUGGAAAGACUGGGAAGAUGACUCAGAUGAGGACUUGUCAAGCUUCGACAAAUUCUCAGAGAUGAUGAACAGUAUGGGAGGAGAUGAUCUACCAGAUUUAGAUGGUGCAGAAGAUGAGCAUGAUUCUGCAGACAGUGAUGACGAAAAAAUGCCUGACCUUGAGUAGGCGAUUGUGGUGGAAAACUCCGUAGUAAACGCAGCCAGUUGAAAGUGAUAUGAAGAGAGAUUAGGCACGAGAGCAGCCAUGACGGAGGUGAAACCUCAUCUCUACCUAGUUUCCAAACUGAAACCCCUCAAAGAAGUGAUGGGGAGUGACUGCUGGAACCAGACCUGCACAGAGAUCCAUAGCGACAUACAGUGCUGUGCUUUGCUGUUCUGUUCUGCAUGGACAAUUCUGUUCAAAUGAAAAUAUUCUUGUUCAUUGACUUUACUGACCGUGAUGGGAUGUGCUGAUGUCUUACACCUUCUCUCUCUGUUAUUUUGCGAUGUCGGGUUGUGGUUUAAACAUUGUGAUUUCUUAUGGGAAAAAAAAUUCAAAAUGCCUAUUUUCCAAAAAAGUAGAUUUUUUUAAUGAUAGAUUUCCCCUUUAAUGUUUGUAUUGUAAAUUGCACUUAUUUUGUUUAAUUUAAAAAGCAAAGGUUUUACUUGACAUGAGUUUUCAAAUGUAUGCCAAUAUCUGCAAAUAUUUAACAAGUUCAUAUUUUUAAACAGUUCAACAUUUAAAAUAAACAUGCUUGUGCAAAUUAUGCUUGUGUUGAGAUUAUGCUAGUAGAUUGUACCAAUCUUUGCAUAUAGUCCUACCAGUGCAAAGUUGAGUUUUUUUCCCACUACCAGUGUACAAAACAUUGCACAUUGUAGCAGGUACUGAAGUAAACUUAUCCAUAUGCAGUGAAGCCAGAAAUGCUGUCGUCUAACAAGAGUUCCCCGCUAAACGUACAGAUUCUAAAUGUGUGUUAAUCCCAUACACCGCUUUAGAGGUUGUGUAUUUUAUCAGUAUGUGUUAAACACUUUUGCAUUUGUCAUAUGCUGUGGGAUUUUUGAGUAUACAUUUCUAAUAAACUGUUGAAUACAA